AUGGGCGCAAGAUUGGCGGUGAGAUCAAUAUCUAGCGAAUUAUGCACUCAGCGGUCAAGAACUCACCAAAAGGCAGCCCGGUGUUUUCGUCGAGAGGACUUGCGGUCAGCACACAGUACGUGGUGUUCUUCCUUGUUGCGUUCGAGCGGUGACGUGUAG